AUGAACGCGAUGAACGCGAUGCGCGCCUCCAUGGACAGCAUCCGCAACAUGGACGCGAUGCGCUCCUCCGUGAUGGACAUGUCGUCGUCGCAGCAGGCGCAGCAGCAGCAGGAGGCGCUGCGGAUGCAGCACGCCGAGGCGCUGAUCCGUGUCGAAAUAUUCAAAUCCUAUUCUGUUUCAGGCAACUACCAAGGCCAUCAAGGUCAGUCUUCGCAGCAACUGAGUCCUGACUUAACCGAAGCAUUGAGACUGCAAGAACAACGCUUAGAGCAGGCUUUGAGGCUACACGGAAGCGACCCAAGGUCCUUGGGAUUCUCCUUAUCCAGUCAACAACAGAAUCAACAACCAUGA